AUGCCCAAGAAGGAGUCCUUCGAUAUGAUACCAACGACGGUAAAACUGUGCCGCAUCGUUGGAUUGCUGGACCGGGACGUUGCCGGUGAUACCCGACAGAGAGCCGUUGUGGUAAUUUCGGGCAUAACGGUGUUCAUGACCAUACCGAAUCUGAUUUAUCUCAUCAGAAAGGAGAAAAAUUUGGAACACACCUUCCGGGUUGUUAUCGAAUCGAUCGCAUUGGUAAGCAUCGUUCUCCGGUUGAUGUUCCAUUACAUCAAUCGGGACGGGAUGCAGGCGUGUUAUGAUGACGUUCGAAGCGUUUUCAACGAAUAUGUUGAUAACCCGGUAGCUGAGGUUCAAAAGACCUUGAAGCAUUUGUACAAAUCGGCGGAAUUUCUAGUAAAAUUCUAUCUAUACGGGGUGAUGUCUCAGGCAGUCAGUUUUGGACUUAUCCAGGCCGUUAUUACUACCGUAAAAUAUUUCGUAAAUGGUCACGUGGAGCAGUUCCCAGCACCAGUUAUUGAAGCAGAUCAUUUUUUCUUCGCAUAUGAUUCAUCUUUCUGGAUAUGGUUGCCCGUCAUGGCGAACGCUCUGAUCUGGCAGUACUAUUUAGUGGUCAUACUGAUGGCAAACGAGUGCCUCCAUUGGAAUCUGCUGCAUCAUGUUUCGUGCCUUUUCAAAAUAAUGAGUCUCGAAAUUCUACAAACCAACGAUGACGGGGUCAGCAGUUCGUUUAGGGCCAAAAUAAUAAGGAUUAUUCGCCUUCAAAACGUUUGCUACAAGAGCGCCGAACAUUUGGAAGAUUCCUUAAGUCCCGUGAUGGUUUUGUUGUACUGCUCGUGCAUUCUUCAAGCCUGUAUCGGUAUGUUUGUGAUAAGUGUGGUCAAUAACUUUUUUCUUAUAGCACUUAUGGCAUUCAUCUUUCAGUACACAACUUUCCUGAUUUUUUCCUUCUCGAUGCUUAGUACCGAGCUGAUCGAAGCCAGCGUUUCACUUUCGGAUGCCGUCUAUUCGCUGGAAUGGUACAAUCGCACCCUGGAAGAGCAAAAAUUGCUACAAUUUGUACACAUGCGAUCGCAAAAGAUGGUUGCCAUCAGCGCAGGAAAGUUCUUUUCCAUGACGAGGGCCACAUUCGCCGGGGCGAUGCGGACGGUAUUCUCAUAUGACACAUUGAUGAGGCAAUUUUAUGACAAAUAAAAGUGGCCUCUGUUAUGGUAUUGCGAACUGCUCUGUUCGAUUGGUAUUAAUAUUUAAUUAUUGGAUAUUGCACACAGAUGUAUAUUGUAUUAUAUCCUAUUAUCAAUCACAAAUAUUUUGUCUCGAAUUCUACAUUAUUUUCAGCCUAACCGUUUCGGAUUGUAAGACAUGUGCUAAUGUGAAACCGAUUUUGAAAUAGCACAGUUAACCACGGCCUUACACGCAAAAUAAUCUGCACGUUGAGGCUACGUGAAAAACUACAUAAUUUUAUCCAAUUGAUUUUCACGUAGCUUCUACGAAAAUAACAUGUGAAAGCACCUCAAUAAGAAUUUGCGCUUCUUGAAAUUCAGCUACAAUUUAAGUGAAUCAAACGCGAUGUUACGAUGAAGAAGGCGUCAAAUAAUGUUAGUUUGGAAAUGAAAUUU